AUGGCGGCUAGAGAGCAAAAGAAAAAAAACUUGAUUUUUUAUGGUCGUUUUUGUACUUCAAGGACAGCUGAAAAUUUCCAAACACCAAAAACCUAUGCUGCCUACUACUACCGAAGUUAUCGUUACUAUUACUAUAGAUACUACUACUACUACUCCUCAUACUAUUCCUCGGGCGCUGUCAUCGGUGGAGCUGUUGCAGGUGUUAUCAUCUUCUGUAUCAUCGUAACUGUCGUUAUCAUCGUCGUCUGUAAACACGUGAACAGGGGCAGAACUCUUAUCCACGGGACCACCGGGGGCACCACGGUGACGACAGUUAGUAAUUCCAACACCAUGUACACCCAUCCACAAGUAACGGCCGGUUAUCCACCUCCGCCACCAAGUUAUAGCAGCCCCGGUUACAGCAACCCAGCUUACAGCAACCCCGGGUAUCCUCCGCCAACUUACAGCAACCCGGCCUUUCCACCACAACCGCAACCGGCACCGGGACCUAGCGGCAACGUGUACGGAAGCAUGUUUAGCGAUCCAGCAUCUAACGGUCUCCCACCAAAAGCUUAACAUUACAUGGACUUCUUUUUGCAAACAGCAAAUGUCAUUUAUAGAUUGAACAAUAUACCUUUCAGCAAUCAAAGUCUAUGUGAUACUCAUUCAGUCAUUGAUACAUCUGUCGAUUUAUAAUCUAUCUUUUUUAAUGCUGUGUAUAUACUUGUACCCGUUUUAUAACAAAACUCCGUCCAUAUUUAGUAUUGGCCAGAUGUAUGAACAUAAAUGCAUGAGGUGCUUUUUUUAGAAUUCUGCGCAACAGAUUUGAUCCUGGAGAUUUGUCUAAUUAGGUGCCACGGUCAUUUGCAUAAAUUAAUUUAUACUUAUAUCCUGGGAAAUGCUAUAUAUGUGUUAGUUCGUUUUCAAAAUAUUCCACGUUUUUUUUUCUCUAAAUGUGCCAUGAAUCACACAGGAUGUGCACGUUGUAUCCUGUCAUAUCACACUAUAAAUGUAUAAUUAGAAUAAAUGACACAAAUUACACGUGACAUAAUUAUACAUUGU